ACUUACUAUGGAAACAAAUAACAAACUCUGGCCUUUUAAUAUUCCUUACUUUACCCGACAAAAACUAACCGGAGGCGGGCUCUUCAGCUGAUCGUCUUCUUCCUCUUCUCCGUGCUUGUUACAGAGAUCUGGAAAUGGCAGUAUAGUCUUCCUUAUUAGUUGUUAUUCCAAGUUCAAUAGUGAACCAAUUUAGAUCAAUCCACCCGCAGAAAAGAGAGAGAGAGAUGGGAGGCUAUGCUUUGGGUUCGGCCUUUGAUUCGAAAUCAGGGCAGAUGAUAAUGUUGGCUUUGUUAUUAAUGGUGGGUUCGUUCUACUUAGGCACUCUUUUUGGCAACAAUGCUCCCAUUUAUGUUUCUCAAUCCUUCGCCUCUAAUUCAUCUUCCGCUGUUUCCUCCCCUGAUCUGUUCACAUUUACCAACAAAAUUGCUCUUGCUUACCGCAAAACACCAUUGCUGAUCCCAGAAAGUGGGAUGAAUAUAUGUCCCUUGAAAUUCAAUGAGUAUAUCCCUUGCCAUGAUAUUUUAUAUGUGAACAGCAUACUCCCAAGCUUAGAUCUUUCUAGACGAGAAGAGUUAGAGAGCCAUUGCCCUCCCCCUGAAAGGCGUCUAUUUUGCUUGGUGCCACCACCAGAAGAUUAUAAAUUGCCAAUAAAAUGGUCAACCAGCCGGGAUUAUGUGUGGCGAAGCAAUGUGAAUCAUACCCGUCUUGCUAAAGUCAAAGGAGGACAAAAUUGGGUGCAUGAAAAGGAUCAAUUAUGGUGGUUCCCAGGUGGUGGUACUCAUUUCAAGCAUGGAGCUCCUGAGUACAUUCAAAGGUUAGGAAAUAUGACAACUAAUGAAACAGGCGAUCUACGUUCAGCUGGGGUUUUUCAAGUUCUGGAUGUUGGCUGUGGGGUUGCUAGCUUCUCAGCAUAUCUGCUUCCCUUGGAUAUACAAACAAUGUCUUUUGCUCCCAAAGAUGGCCAUGAAAAUCAAAUUCAGUUUGCUUUAGAACGAGGAAUUGGUGCUAUGAUCUCUGCUAUUGCCACAAAGCAACUCCCAUAUCCCUCUAGCUCUUUUGAUAUGGUUCACUGUUCAAGGUGUCGUGUUGAUUGGCAUGAGAAUGAUGGUAUUUUACUGAAAGAAGUUAAUCGUGUUCUGAGAUAUAAUGGAUAUUUUGUCUAUUCAGCUCCUCCUGCUUACAGAAAGGAUAAAAAUUUUCCACAGAUUUGGGAAAAGUUGGUCAAUCUGACUUCAGCAAUGUGCUGGAAACUCAUUGCUCAAAAGGUUCAGACAGCAAUCUGGUUUAAACAAGAGAAUGAGUCAUGCCUAAUGCACAAUGCAGAAAUGGAGUUAAUACAUAUAUGUGAUAGUGCAGAUGAUAGUAAACCAUCUUGGAAGACACCACUGAGGAACUGUAUACCAAGAAGGGCUGCACAAAUAAAUGCUCAGGAACUCCCUCCCAGGCCAGAGCGUCUCUCUGUAUACUCCAAGAAUCUCAUCAAAAUAGGUAUCACUGAAGAAGAGUUUGCUUCAGAUGCCAUAUUCUGGCAAAAUCAAGUCAGCAAUUACUGGAAGCUGUUGAAUGUUGGUGAGACGGAUAUACGAAACAUAAUGGACAUGAAUGCUUUUCUUGGUGGAUUUGCUGUGGCUUUGAACACAUUGCCUGUUUGGGUUAUGAAUAUAGUCCCUGUGAGCAUGAAGAAUACAUUACCUGCUAUUUAUGAUCGGGGUCUUUUAGGUGCUUUCCACGAUUGGUGUCAACCAUUCUCAACAUAUCCACGCACAUAUGAUUUGUUGCAUGCCAAUCAUCUCUUCAGUCAUUAUAGAAACCGUGGAGAAGGUUGCUUAUUUGAGGAUAUCAUGCUAGAGAUGGACCGUGUUAUACGACCUCAGGAACUGGCAGUUUGAACUGGCCAAUUCUGGGACGGUUCUUAUCCUGGUUCAAGAAGGGGAGGCCUGUAACUAGCCAUCUAAUAAACAGUCCCAAUCCAAUUCAUGAUGGAACCAUUUGACCGGUUCACAGUUUAACUGGAUCAUGGCUAGGGUUUUUGCAGUUUGUCGAUGUGUAAUAUUGUUUCAUUGAUUUACUGUCUUGAGUUUGUAAUUCUCCAAAACUAUUUUGAUACAUAGAUCCAUAUGAUAAUCUGGAAAAAAGAACAAAAACAUUACAUUCAAUUUGUUAUAAGUGGUCAUCUUAAAACUUUAUUGUGGCAAUUUUGAUCUUUAGUUUCUUUUAUUUUUAUUUUGGCUAAGUACAUACUUAUAUUCUUGUACUAUGUAGAAUUAACUUAUAAGACACUUGAACUAAAAUUAAAAUCUAUUGCACAUUUGAACUUGAAAAAGAAAAACAUAAUAAUUAAACACAAGUUAGCCAUGUUUUGUAGAAAUUUUGCCAUAUAUCUGUGAUUCCAGGUAAGCGAUAUGGAAUGGUAACCCAAUAAAAUUUAAACAAUGAUGCAGAAAGUAUACCCUAAAGUAGGAAAAGUCACCCUUAAAAUAUCAAGCAGUUUUCUUUUUUUAAUUACUAAAUUUAUCUAUUUGUCAAGUUUUUAGUUGUUUAUCAUUCAGAAUAUGGAAUAACCGAUCCACCAUAUAAUUUAUCCGUGUCUUGUAAAAAAGUAGGAAUGAACUCACUUAUUCUUUAUUAUACUCUAAUUCUGCGGACUAUAUUCUAAAUUUAUUAAAUGUGUUCUAAAUUUUCAUAAAGUGACAAAGUUACUUUCAUUUGUAUAAGGGUAGCUUUGUCAUUUUAUAGAACUUUUAUGUACAAUUAGUGAAAUUUAGAGUAUUAUAAGCAAUAAGUAGGAUUAUUCUUUAUUUUUCCUGACAAAACAUAGUUAAUUCAUGUUUAAUGAUUAUGAUUCUUAAAAGUUCAGGUAUUCAAUGCGUUAAGAUUUUAGUUCAAGUGUUUGACAGCUUAAUCCCAUAUAGUAACAUGGGCGUCAUCAAGUAUUUAGCCUUUUAUUUUUCAUUUCGCGUUUACUUUUAGAUGCAUGGUAAGCUAUAAGUUCUUUUGAUUGGUGACAGUGAUUCUUUAAUCUCAAUGCUUAAUCUUUUCCUUAUCCACUUUUA